AUGUUUGCCCAAAGACCCUCAUUCCGCUUUCUCGCCACGGGCGCCAUCGCUUCCCUCUUCGCGCUUACAUUCCUCCUCUUCAAUGUCCGCCAAUCUCAAGAUAACGCUGCGCGGUACAUUCUCAAGACGGGUCGGCCAGAGCCGCUGUCACAAUGCGAGCCAGAGCCACAUGCAGUUCCGCUAAACGGGAGCUGGGAAUUUAUUGUGGAGCGCGAUGGGCGGAACCAUGGGCUGAACGAGGAGCAGUGUCGAAGCGCGUUCCCCAAACUGUUUGUGGAGAUGGACAAGUCAGCUGUGCUCAAGCAGGAAAGCCGGAUUUCAUAUAAGGAUCUGGACUCUCGAGAGGUAGAGGAUGGAAUGGUGCGGGCAGUCAUUGACAAGGGCGAGCUCUACAUCGUCGAAUUUGCAGCACAGCCUGUCACUGCAUCUCGUGCCCGCGCUACUCUCAACUCGCUUCAUCGUGCUCUGGUCGCAGUCCCGGAUCGCUAUUUUCUACCUAGUAUCGAAUUCGUGUUCACAACAGAAGAUUUUGCCAGCGAUCCUACCAGCAAAGGCCCUAUCUGGGCAUAUUCCAAGCGCGAUGCUGACGACUCGGUCUGGCUGAUGCCUGACUUUGGAUACUGGGCCUGGCCCGAAGUUCAAAUCGGUCCCUACUAUGACGUGCAACGGCGCAUUGCAGCCAUUGAUAAUGGCGAGACCGCGCCAGACGGUACAUACACUCCGGGGAUGAAAUUUCAGGACAAGAAAAAGCAGCUUGUCUGGCGCGGCAGCCUCGCCACAAACCCAGGCGUGCGCAGCAAAUUGCUCAAAACCGCCCAGAGCCACAGCUGGGCCAGCAUCCGCGUCAUUGACUGGGACGACGAGAACGACAUCCGCUUCAAUCUCCUCCCCAUCGAGGACCACUGUCGCUACAUGUUCCUCGCCCAUACCGAGGGCCGCAGCUUCUCCGGUCGCGGCAAGUACCUACUCAACUGCCGCUCCGUCGUCAUCUCGCAUCCGCUCGUCUGGCGCGAGGCCCACCAUGCUGCUAUGAUCUCGUCUGGCCCGGACGCGAACUACAUCGAGGUCGACGCCGAAUUCUCGGACUUGUCGCGCAAGAUCGAUUUCCUUAUUGACAACCCACAGAUCGCCGAGCGCGUGGCGGAUAACGCGGUGCGCACGUUCCGGGACCGCUACUUGACGCCGGCGGCGGAGUCGUGCUACUGGCGCGAGCUGGUGCGACAGUAUGCAUCUGUUCUGGAUUUUGAGCCUGUGCUGUUUUCAACAGCGCGGGAUGGCAAGAAGAUCCCGCGGGGUGUGCCUUUUGAGACUUGGAUGUUGGGGCGUGGAUGA